AUGGCUACUACAAUAUUAACAGAAACGUCUCCUAUCGAGUUCGAGCAUUUAUCUUUCGCCGUUUCGCCCGACUCACGGCAAUCCCCGACGACAACCUCGGCACAACCAACUGCAUCUCUGAACAUCGAAUCAAUCCCGGAGAUAGUAACGCCUAACUACCCAAAAGGAUCGAAAUUCUGGUUUACGAUAUUGACAUUAUGUAUGGUCCUCAUCCUCGGAGGCCUAGACGCCAAUAUCGUCGCUACGGCCGUUCCGAGCAUCACGAACCAUUUCCACACCGUCGCUGAUGUGGGAUGGUACUCAUCUGCAUUUCGACUUUGCACCUGUGCAUUCCAGUUCGGAUUCGCGAAACUAUAUAAGCACUUCUCAAUCAAGACGAUCUUCUUGAUUAGCAAUGUCAUAUUUCUCAUCGGAUCUUUACUUUGCGCUACAGCUGCUUCGUCCUCAAUGUUCAUUGUCGGAAGAGCUGUGACUGGUCUGGGGUUCUCGGGUGAAUUGGCAGGGUGCUUUGCCAUUGCUAUACAUAUAGUUCCACUCAAUAAGCGACCAAUGUUGAUGGGCUUGAUGGCGUGUGUGGAGUCUGUCGCUAUCAUCUCGGCGCCUAUAGUAGGCGGUGCAUUGACGCAGUCGCUAGGGUGGAGAUGGUGUUUCUGGAUCAAUCUCCCAAUUGGUGGCGUAUCGCUGGCGACAUUGCUUUUCCUCUUCUCGGAUCCAAGAGCCCAGCCAGAGAACGACUUAACAAUGGCCCAGAAGAUCAGAGAGUUGGACCUCGUCAGUAAUUGCUUAUUCAUACCAUCUCUCACUGCACUAUUUGUCGCUUUAUCAUGGGCAGGAACAAAGUACCCCUGGUCAGAUGGGAGGGUGAUUGGUUUAUUUCUUGUAUUUGCCUUGCUCCUCGGCGCUUUCGUUUACAAUCAAUACCGACGCGGCGACUCCGCGGCACUUCCUUUCCGCGUUAUCAAGAACAGAAGUGUUAUUGCGGGAUUCAUAUUCGUGACGUGCACUAAUUCAAUGACGAACGUGCUGGAGUGGUACUUGCCGACAUACUAUCAAGUUGUCCGAUCACGGACCCCAAGCGAAAGUGGAUAUUUGAUGAUCCCCAUCCUCGCCGGAAUGAUGCUAGGACUCUUUCUACAGGGAAUCGGAACGAGUACAUUCGGGUACUACGCCCCCUUCAUGAUAUUUGCCUCCAUAUGCAUGCCGAUUGCAGCAGGCUUAAUGACAACCUACAGCCUCGACACAUCACUGACUCAAAUAAUAUUAUAUUCCGGCCUAGUCGGAUUUGGAGGAGGGAUAGGCUUCCAGGGUCCCCAAUCAGCCGUUCAGACAAUGUUACCUCCCGCAGACGUCAACCUUGGGAUCGGAGUAAUUUUGUUCGGGCAGAGUAUGGGACCCGCAGUGUUUAUUGCCAUUGCGCAAGUAAUAUUUACGAAUCAGCUCUCGUCAAGGAUGGAGAAUAUUGUGCCUGGAUUGACACCUGCGUAUAUUGAAGAACGUGGACUUGGCGAUAUCAUCAAUGGUGUUCCGGUGCAGCGCUUGAAUGAGGUUUUGAGCGCUAUUGAUCGGAGCUUAACGAGUACUUGGUAUCUUCCUGUUGCGUUGGGCUGUGCGACGAUUGUGGGGAGUCUUUUGGUUGAAUGGCGGUCCGUUAAGCAUAAGCAGACGUGA